AUGAAGCUACUUUGCGCCAUUCCCAAGAAACGGACUCAGAUAGGCCUCGUGGAACGCAAGUUCUUCGCCCCAGAACAGGCUGGAUUCCGGAGCCACGAGGAGUGCAUGAGCCAUGCCCUGACCCUAGCUGAAGUGGUGCAACGUCGCUCCAUUAGCGGCCAACAACCAAUUUACGUAUGCUUCAUCGAUUUCCAAAAGGUUUUUGACACGGCCCCGCAUGAGGCUCUCUUUUUGAAUAUGGAACGAGCCGGAGUCUCCGGAAAGUGCCUAGCGUUCUUCCGUGCGCUCUAUGUAGACUCAUGGAUGCACAUCCGACUGGGCGACGGCUCAAGAAUCCUUUCGAUAAGGAUCUGCCAUGGACUGCGACAGAGCGACCCCACAUCCCCGCUCCUUUUCAAUAUCUUCAUCAACGAUCUGCUGAACAACUGCAGGCAAUACGGGCUUGAGGUGCCGUGGAUAGACUGUGGAGAGCCCGGUGAAGAGCGCCCACAUGGGAACCGCCUCGCAGGCCGUCUAUUUGCGGACGAUGUCGUGCUGUUGGCACCCGCCCCGGAAACGCUUGCUGCUAGCAUGCAACAAGUCAGCGCCUGGGCCGAUCGCUGGGAGAUGAGCAUAGGAGCAUCGAAGUGCGGCGUCAUGGUCAUCCAUGGAGACUCGCAGCGCAUUCGCAGUCGCUCGUGGCGGUUGCAGAAUCAGGAAAUUCCGAUCGUGGAAAAAUAUCGCUACCUGGGGGUCUGUCUCACGCCGACGCUCGACGAAAAGGCACACGUUGACGAGAUGAUCGCCAAGAUGCAUAGAGGUACAGCGAUCGCACGCCCAUUCCCAUCCGACCCCUCUAUCUGCAUAGCAAUCCGUACGAGGGCACUAAGGAUGUGUAUCAUCCAGCCUGCGACCUGGGGUACUGAAUGGUGCGGCAUGAAGCACCCAAAUGUCUCGCGUCUGCAGACAGCCGCCAACAGGGCAAUGCGACUCGUUGGUGUUGGAUGCUCAAUGUAG